AUGCCUAGCAAGACCCCGCACAACAGUGGCAAGCCUACGGGCCAUGGCCGCAAGCCGAGCAAGAGCAGCAGCAAGGAUGUCGACAUGAAGGACGCCUCCAAGUCAAAGACCAAAAAGGAGUCCUCCAAGGAUGCCGAUGAGGAGAUGACCGUUGUUGUCCCCCCGCCCAAGAACGCCAAGCAGCCUGCUUCAGCAGCAAAGACACCAGCUGCUGCUGACGCUGACGGUGAUGUCGCCAUGGGUGGCGAGGAGGCCGAGGAGCCCAAGGUUGACCCUGUUGAGCAGGCCGUAUCAGACAUCAAGAGCAACUUUGCUCUGCUGGACCGCGCCGUCGCCCUCUUCGAUGCCCGAUUCUCGCUCCGAGCCCUGCGAUCCAUCUCACUCGUCCGCAAACGCCUCACCCCCGAAAUUAUUGCCAGAGCCAUUGCCGAAACAUACCCCGCCGCGUCGUCGUCUAGCAACAUCGCCAGAGGCUUGCUUUCUGCCGUGGGCAAGGAGAGCACGCCGCUCCGUGCGUCCGAAGAGAUGGAGGUCGACUCGACCAAGCCCAAGAACGGCGCGAAGAAGGAGCCCAAGGAGAUCAUUCCCGAGGUUGACUUGUUCCUGGGUAUCCUGAUUCAGGUGUACCUCUUUGACAACAAGCAGUACAAGAAGGGUGUCGAGUUUUCCCACCACCUCGUCGACCGCAUCCAGUCGCUCAACCGCCGCACUCUCGACUCGCUGUCGGCCAAGGUCUUCUUCUACCUCUCUCUCUUCUGUGAGCACAUUGCUCCUCUCGCCCCUUCACCAGAGUCUCCGGUUGUCGCCAUCCGCCCCACGCUGCUGGCUGCUCUGCGCACCGCCGUCUUGCGCAAGGACGUAGACACGCAGGCAUCCGUCAUUGUACUGCUGCUGCGCAGCUAUCUGCUGACUUCGCACAUCAACCAGGCCGAUCUCCUCGUCUCGCACACCCAGUUCCCUGAGAACGCUGUUAACAACCAGGUGGCCAGAUUCCUCUACUACCUCGGCCGCAUCCGCGCUGUCCAGCUCCGCUACACGGAAGCUCACGAGCAUCUCACCGCCGCCACACGCAAGGCUCCCUCUAGCCCUUGCGCCGUCGGCUUCUCCCAGACUGCCACAAAGCUCUUGCUCGUUGUCGAGCUGCUCAUGGGUGAUAUUCCCGACCGAGCCACCUUCCGCCAGCCCGCGCUCGAGGACGCCCUCCACCCUUACUUCCUCCUGGUGCAGGCCGUCCGUGUCGGUAACCUGGAAGACUUUGAGACAGCUAUUGCCGACCACGCCGAGACGUUCCGCCGCGAUGGCACCUACACAUUGAUUCUGCGCCUGCGCCAAAACGUCAUCAAGACUGGUAUCCGCAUGAUGUCGCUGUCGUACUCGCGCAUCUCGCUACGCGACAUUUGUAUCCGCCUGCACCUCGGUAGUGAGGAGUCUGCCGAGUACAUUGUCGCCAAGGCCAUUCGCGACGGUGUGAUUGAGGCUACGCUCGACCGCGAGCAUGGAUACAUGAAGAGCAAGGAGGUCGGAGAUGUCUAUGCUACAAGGGAGCCUGGCGAGGCCUUCCACGACCGUAUCCGAGCAUGCUUGGCACUGCACGACGAGAGCGUCAAGGCUAUGCGUUUCCCCAUGAACCAACACCGUCUCGAGCUGAAGAAUGCCCAGGAAGCACGUGAGCGCGAGAGGGAGAUGGCCAAGGAAAUCCAAGAGGGUGAUUUGGACGACGAUGACUUGGGUGGCGACUUUGACGGUAUUUAA